CGGCUUCCACCAUGGUGUAUGGUGGCCAGGGCCAAAAAGUGCAGAAGGUGGUGGUUCAGCCCAUCAACCUCAUCUUCAAAUACUUGCAAAAUAGAUCUCGUAUUCAGGUGUGGCUUUAUGAGCAAGUGAACAUGCGAAUAGAGGGCCGUAUCAUUGGUUUUGAUGAGUACAUGAACCUCGUAUUAGAUGAUGCCGAAGAGAUUCAUUCUAAAACAAAGUCAAGAAAACAACUGUGUCAGAUCAUGCUAAAAGGAGACAAUAUUACCCUUCUCCAAAGUGUCUCCAACUAG